AUGAUUGAAUUUGAGCAGAGCGAAAGUGCUGCAGGCACUGUGAUUGGGAUGGAGAGGAUUCACGUCAGCGUCCGUACAAAGCCUCUCUCCCAAGAUGAUGCGAAAACCAGUCCCUGGAGAAUCUCCGGCAACUCCAUUGCAAUUCCCAACCUCACCAAAUUUGAAUUCGACCAAAUAUUCAGCGACAAUUGUUCGACCGCGGAAGUCUACGAAGCUCGCACCAAGGAAAUCGUGGAGGCCGCAGUUCGCGGAUUCAACGGCACUGUUUUCGCUUACGGGCAAACGAAUAGUGGGAAGACUUACACGAUGCGAGGCUCAGAAGCGGAGCCUGGAGUCAUUCCUCUCUCCAUUCACGAUUUUCAAAAGGCAUCAGAAAAACCAUUUAAGUUUAAUCCAAUCGAUGAAAAGAAUGUUUGGAUACACUUCUUCAUGCACACUUAUAGGGGUAAUGUGCUUUUCCAUAAGCUAGAAUCAACUUAUGUACUUAAGGAUGUGGAUCGAGAAUUUCUUCUUAGAAUGUCAUACAUGGAGAUUUAUAAUGAAGAGAUAAAUGAUUUGUUGGCUCCUGAACAUCGAAAACUGCAGAUUCAUGAAAAUCUGGAGCGUGGGAUAUAUGUUGCGGGGUUGCGAGAAGAAAUUGUUGCCUCUCCUGAGCAAGUCCUUAAUCUCAUGGAGUUUGGAGAAUCUCAUAGACAUAUUGGAGAGACAAAUAUGAAUUUGUACAGUAGUAGGUCCCAUACGAUUUUCCGCAUGAUAAUUGAGAGUAAGGAUAGAAGCGAAGAUGAAGAAAGUGGCAGCUCUUGUGAUGCUGUGCGUGUAUCAGUGUUGAAUUUAGUGGAUCUUGCUGGGUCAGAACGUGCUGCAAAAACUGGUGCUGAAGGUGUUCGACUCAAAGAAGGUUCUCACAUAAACAAAAGCUUAAUGACUUUGGGAACCGUAAUUAAAAAACUGAGUGAAGGUGCUGAAAGUCAAGGGGGUCAUGUUCCAUAUCGAGAUAGCAAGCUGACUCGAAUUUUGCAACCUUCUUUAGGAGGAAAUGCUAAAACUGCUAUUAUCUGUAAUAUCACACUUGCACAGAUACAUACAGAUGAAACUAAAAGCAGUCUUCAAUUUGCAAGUAGAGCAUUGCGUGUCACAAAUUGUGCUCAAGUGAAUGAGGUUUCAUCUGACCCAUUUCCCUUGUUUAUUUUGACAGAUGCUGCUUUAUUAAAGCGCCAAAAGAAGGAGAUUGAAGAUCUUCGUGCCAAAUUGAUGGGUUCUCAUUCAGAGCAUUUAGAGAAGGAGAUUCUGAGCCUACGAAAUACAUUAUUACAGACUGAACUGGAAAGGGAACGCAUAGCUUUGGAAUUAGAGGAGGAAAAAAAAGCUCAAGCUGAAUGGGAAAAAAGAGUAAAGGAGCAAGCCAAGAAAAUUGAAAAUUUGAGCUCAAUGGUUUUGUUUUCAAAUAGGGAUGAAAGUCGUGAGCAUAUCAAAAGG